CCAUGAUACUCCGCGCACAGCUAGGAAAACAUGGCGGCAUCCAGACUUUCGACAGACUCUAACGCAAACAUCCCAGACUAUGAAUAUGACGAUGUUAACACCAAGCCGUUUCAUAUCGGCUCUUUCAGAAACGAGUGGCUGAGUCGACUGAAGCCGAGCAACUACUCCUACGAGCAGGAGGACGAGGACACAUUUAGUGCUAACUUUGCGAAAGAGAUGGGGAUCAGCGCGGAGACCAUGGCUGACCUCAAAUCCAUCUGCAGUCUUGAGUCACUCCGUUGCCAUCCCGAGGACCAGCAGCACGAUCCAGACGUUGUGCCUCCAGAUCCAACGCUGAAGACAUUAGUACAAAGAAAAAAGAAACAAGAUUACAAAGCUUCUCUGAAAGUCACCAAGAACAGACACGACCUCUACGCAGAUGAACUGGAGCGUUUAACUGUUGGGAGGAAACCAGACUCGACAGGUGACAUGAUCCCUGAAGGAGAGCUCAUCCUAACCAUCAACGUCUACUACCCGGCUGUUAUUGAGAAAUUUAAUUACAUCAGACCCCACAUGACCCUGCUCAUGACGGGCUCCCACACCCUGGCUGAGCUCAGGGAUGCGAUCUGCUGUGUCAGCGACUUGCAAGUGUGUGGAGAGUUCAGCAAUGCGCCGGACGUGGUUCCGGACUUCAUAAGCAAAGAUCACUUCAAGUCAGCUUUCUUUUACUUUGAAGGAGUUUUCUAUAACGACACGCGAUUCCCAGAGUGUCAGGACAUCAGCAUGACUAUCAUUGAAUGGGCAAAGGCCCGCAACUUCCCAACGUACAGCCAGGCCAAGAUGGAGGACACGCGAUUCGUGGACCUGACGGUUAAAGUGGGCUUCCCAUACCUCUACUGUCAUCAGGGAGACUGCGAACAUCUCGUCAUCAUCACAGACAUCAGAUUGGCCCACAGGAACGACUGCCUGGACAGGAAGCUGUACCCGCUUCUCACGCACAAGAACAGGGUCACCACGCAGAAGUGUGCCGUUUGCCAUGUCUUCAUCGGGAGGUGGUUCACUACCAACGACCAGUUUGCUCCAAGUAACCCUUGUCUCUUCUGUGACAAGUGCUUCCGGAUGCUGCACUACGACGCUCAAGGCAACAAGCUGGGGAAUUUCUUGGCCUACCCUUAUGUGGACCGCGGUGCCUUCAACUGAGCCUUUCAACUGCUCACCUCCUUGAUUUAAUGCUGUAUAAUACAGUUAUACGUUUUAUAUUUCAGAAUGAAAUGUUUCCACAUUUUGCGAAACUUAUACUUUCUUUAAAAAGAAAAAUAAAAAUGUUUUGGACUGA